AUGUCUGGCUUUGGCAGCGGCAGCUUUGGUGGCUUUGGCCAGAGCAACAACCAACAGUCAACUGGCUUUGGCGGCUUCGGAGCCAACAACGCGACCAGCACCAGCACAGGCUUUGGAUCUGGUACUGCUACGAACAGCGCCUUUGGGUCUACCAACAAUACCAACACGAGUGGUGGCCUUUUUGGCAACACUACUGGUGCCUUUGGCGGUGGUGGCACCUCUUCAAGUGGUUUCGGUUCUAACACCAACACAACCUUCGGGGCCUCAAAACCUGCUUUCGGAGCUUCUACGUCUACUGGAGGCGGCCUUUUCGGCUCCAACAACAAUAAUAAUACCAACAAUACUACCCCUUCUUCUGGGUUUGGAGGCUUUGGCGGGAAUGCAACUGCAAGUACGUCGUCUCCCUUUGGAGGAUCUGGCGGAAAUCUGUUCGGCGCCAGCAAGCCUGCCUUUGGCUCCACGACGAACAACACUACCACUGCCACCGGCACCACGUCCUUGUUCGGCGGGAACUCUGGCACCGGCUUCGGUAACAACGCCGCCACCACUGGAGGCUUUGGCGCGUCCCUAAACCCAGGCAUCGGUUCAAAUGUUGGCGACCCUCCUGGCACGGCCAUCACACCGUUCCAAGCGCACCAGGAAAAGGAAACUGCCGGAGCUGGAAAUCAGUCAAACGCGUUCCAAAACAUUCUCUUCCAAGAACCGUACAAGAAGUGGUCUGCGGAAGAGCUGAGACUGGCUGACUACGCACAGGGACGCCGUCAUGGGAAUGCUAGCGGAGCAGGCGCCUUUGGUGUUUCCAACUUUGGCAGCACCGGCUUUGGUGCGACAAACCAGCAGUCUGCAGGUUUUGGAUCAGGUGCUUCGACCGGAGGUGGCUUGUUCGGCGGUGCCAACAACAACACGAAUGCGACGACAGCCACGACCACCGGUUUUGGCGGUGGUUCCGCUGGGGGGUUCGGAUCCGGAGGCGGUCUGUUCGGCAAUCAGCCCAAGCCAGCUACCGGAGGCCUGUUCGGAGGAGGCAGCACGACAACAUCCCAGCCUGCUCAGUCCGGCGGGCUGUUUGGCACAAGUUCGGGGGGUGGAUUCGGCACCACAAACACGUCCAGUGGAUUCGGGUCCACUAACAAUAAUGCCACCGGAGGACUCUUUGGAUCGAACAAUACCGCUGCGAAUCAAGCCAAACCUGCCGGCUUUAGUUUCGGCAAUACCGGGGCCACGACCGGUGGAUUCGGAGCGAGUAACACGAACAGCGCGUUUGGUUCGAACAACACCACCAAUAAUGCGGGCACUGGCGGCGGGUUGUUCGGCAACGCUGGCCAGUCCAACGGAACUGGACUUUUUGGCAACAACCAAGCCCAAAGUCAGCAGCAAGGAACUGGAUCAGUCUUUGGCGGAGGUGGAUUUGGCGCGCAGAAUCAGCAGCAAGCGGGCUCGUCUCUAUUCGGCAACCAGCAAAAGCCGGCCACGGGCGGCGGUGGUCUUUUCGGAGGAGGUGGUACAUCGACUACAGGCGGACUCUUUGGCGCUGGAGGUGCCCCUAACAACUCCUUUGGCGGAGCAGGCACGAACAACUCAAGUGGCGGUCUCUUUGGAUCCAAGCCCGCUGCUACCGGUGGUCUGUUUGGAUCCAAUGCGGCAAGUCAAGGCACGAACGCUAGCGGAGGUCUGUUUGGCGGUAUGGGCACGAAUCCCCAGGCGCAACAGGCAGGCCAAUCUUCUCUGUUCGGUGCCGCCGGUCAGAACCAGGCAAAGCCUGGCCUAUUUGGUACUUCACAGCCCGCCGGCAACAGCUUGUUUGGUGGACAGAACACCCAACAGCAAGGCUCUUCGUUUGGCGGCAAUAACGCACAGCAACAGCACCAAGGCUCUAUUCUCGGUGGCUCCAUCAUGGGCAAUACUCAAGGAAUCAACUCAGGCCCUCAGUCGCUGACAGCCAACAUCACUGAUGUUUCGGCCUUCGGGUCUCCGUCCUUGUUCUCCAACCUCUCAGGUGCUGAGACGCCUAACCCAGGACCGUUGGCCACGCCCCUGUCUAGCAAGUCAAAGCCGAGACGCAGCUCCAUCCUUCCGAUGUACAAGCUCAACCCUGCCUCCGCUGCCCGCUUUGUCACCCCUCAGAAGCGUGGGUUCGGAUUCUCAUACAGCACAUACGGUACCCCUGGCGGUAGCCCAUCCAGCGCCGCUAGCACUCCGGGAGGAGCCAGCCGCAGCCUGUUGGGGUCUUCGAGCCUAAAUCGAAGCUUAAGCAAGAGCGUGUCGACUAGCAACCUGAGGAGAAGCUUCAAUGCUGAAGAUAGCAUCCUCGCACCUGGCGCUUUCUCGGCUAGCUCUGGACCGCGCUACUACGGGAGCAAUGGCAGCGUCAAGAAGCUGAUAAUCAACAAAGACAUGCGCAGCGACCUAUUCUCUACGCCGACCAAGGACAAGCCGUCUGCUGAUCAACUCAAUGGCUCUCGGAAAUUGUCGAAGCGCGUAAGCUUUGACACCAGCACCGUGGAGGCCCCGGAGGCUGACGACGUUGAACCCAUCAACGCCUCGACGCCCAGGGGUGUUCCUCCUCAAGACUUGACUCCUGCUAGCAACAGUGUCAACGGAUCAAAGCCCCCUACCGGAGACUCAGAACAGGUCAAGGGCAAAGAACUCGCCAUCGUUCAUGAAGAGGACGUUUCGUCUCAAAUACCGGCAGUGGCAAACGAUGGUCUCGAUAAGGCCCCUGGCUCAUACUGGAUGAGUCCUACCAAGGAGACUAUCGCUGGCAUGACCAGAAUGCAGCGCCAGAGAGUUGAAAGCUUCACCGUGGGAAGAGACAACGUUGGAUCUGUCAAGUUCAAACCCGAGGUUGAUUUAACCAACAUUGACCUCGAUGAAAUAUUCGGAGGGAUUGUCAUCCUCGAAACCCGCUCUGCGACCGUAUAUCCUAUCGCCGCCAAGAAGCCUCCUGUUGGCAAGGGCUUGAAUGUGCCUGCUCUGAUCUCCUUGGAGCAGUCCUGGCCGCGCGGUAGAGAGAAGCGCCCUGGCCAUGAUGUCAGGCGAGUUGCCAAGCACGUCGAACGUCUCAAGCGCAUAGAGAACACCACCUUCGAAGAGUACAACCCCGAUACUGGCGUUUGGAAAUUCUCGGUCGAGCACUUCACUACUUAUGGUCUGGACUACGACGAGGACGAAGAAGAACCUGAACAGUCGGAUGAUGUCUUGGCUUCUGCAAAGGCUCUCAAAAAUCAGGUGAAGAUGACGCAAGUAGAGCUCACUGGGGGCAUACCUGUAACGACUCUACACGUCGACACCCUCAUGUCUCUUUUCCACGACCAAGACACCACCAGCCCUGCCAACGCACAUGAAAGGCUGGUCUGGGAGCUUGCCAGUAUUCUUUUCGACGGACCCGCCGCCUCUGCCGAUGAAGACCUGGGGAACGAAUCUCGAAAGAGUCGUUUGUCCAAGUUUUGGGCGGCGCUUGUUGAUUCUGCAUCAUCUCGAUCGGUAGCGCUUGCGAGGUCUAGCGAAGAGAAGGCCAUUGCAGCUUUGUCAGGGCACCGCAUCCAAGACGCGUGCAAGUACCUUUUGGAUGGUAACAACUUUCGCCUCGCAACCUUGGUCUCGCUGAUUGGCAGCAAUGAUCAGUCUAAGAAGGACAUCCGCGAACAAAUUAACGAGUGGCAAGACGCCAACUUUCUUUCCGAGUUUGCCGACCCCCUACGCGCCAUUUAUGAAUUGCUGAGCGGCAAUUCAGGCGUGUGCGAGGGAAAGAAAGCAGUACCUCUCGAAGACCGCGUUGAGUCGUUCAUCAUCUCACAACGUUUUGGCCUAGAUUGGAAGCAGGCCUUUGGGCUCAGGCUUUGGUAUUCUAUUUCACCCAAUGAUCACCUUUCGGCAGCCGUUCGUCUGUUUCAGGAAGACAUAGCUCAAGACAGAGAACAGCGUCCUCAGACAUGGUACCUCGAACAAGGUAUACCGGCACUCUGGAACGAUCAACAUUCAGAAGCUCGCGAGGACCUCCUAUGGGGUCUUCUUAAGCUGUAUUCAGAUGCCGAGACUGACUUGGAGGCUGUACUGCGACCGGAGAAUAGUCAGCUGUCGCCUCUAGACAUUCGGCUGUCUUGGCAGCUCAGUCGCGCCCUGCUAUCCACACAUAAGGUAUCCUACGGCCAAAACACGUCUGAGAAGGCCGAUGCUUCGACCAUCGCUUUUGCCGACCAGCUCGUCAGCGAAGGAAGCUGGCUGGAAGCCACGUUUGUCUUGCUGCAUCUCGGCAACCCAGACAUGCGAGCGAAGGCUGUGCAGGAGAAUCUUUGUCGGCAUGCGGCCCUACUGGGAUCCGAGACGGGGAGCAAUUUCACAACUCUUACGCAGACACUCAAGAUACCGCCUCCUUGGAUCUGGGAAGCUCAAGCCCUGUAUAUGAGAGCUGUCAAGAAGGACGCGGCAGCUGAGGUACAUUGUCUACUCCGAGCCGGUUCGUACCUAGAGGCACACAAUGUGCUCGUUCACCAGGUUGCGCCAUCGGCGGUUGUCAGCCGCGAUUACGACGAGCUGGCGGUUACUCUCUCCCGUUUCGAAGGCCACGAUCAUGUCAUUCCUAGUUGGACCCUCGGAGGUGAGGUCUACAAGGCCUUUUUGGAGCUUGUGGGCCGCCGGAAGCAACGGCAGCAAAUUUCCAUGCAAGUGCUCGAUAGGCUUCUGUCCGGCCUGCCAGCUUUGCGAGAGACCACAGUUUUGUCACUCUUCCUUCCGAUGACCCCAGAAGCCUUUUCCGUAGCUCACAAGAACCUCAUCGCCCUUACCAAUACCGCCUUUCCCUCGGCCACUCUUCCCUUCGGACAGUACAAACACAGCCAUACAUUUUUGCUUGAACCUGUGACACCAAACCUCACGAAACUCGGCAUUUGGUCGUUGGGCAAUGCCUCGGUAAUCGUUUAUGAAUCUGGCCUCAUUGCCGCCCUUGCUGGCGUCGACGGCAAUCUCGGCGUCCCUGUCUAG